GGGUCCCCGUGCACCCUGGUGUCCCGAGGCUCCACCAUGCAGGGAGGGCAGAGCUGCUCGGGUCUGACGGCACCCAAAUAAUGGCAACAGCAGUGGAAGGCAGGACACGGGAGGGGGAUGCUGACCCAUGAGCCUGAGCCCUCGAUCCCUCCCGGACGGAGCAGCCCAGGGGCUGAACCCCAGGGAUGGGGAAUCUGCCCGGCCGGGAGAAGCCACUAAGCAUCCCAUCGGCAUCUGCUGACACCACGCAGCCCCCGCUGCCGGCUCAGGCAGCCCCCAGCGCUUUCCAGGCCCUGGCCCUUUGUGACUUCCCCUCCGGCGCGGGGGUGGCCGCUGUCCUGAGGAUGGGGGAGCGGCUCCGCAUCCUCUCCGAGGACGGGGACUGGUGGCUGGUGGUGUCCGAGGUGUCUGGCAAGGAGUGCCACGUCCCCAGCAGCUGCGUGGCCAAGAUCAGGCACGGGUGGCUGUACGAGGGCGUCAGUCGGCAGAAGGCGGAGGAGCUCCUGCUCCGUCCGGGCAACCACAGCGGGUCCUUCCUGAUCCGGGAGAGCCAGACCAGGCGAGGCUGCUAUUCUCUGUCGCUGCGCCGCGGGGAACGCGCUGCCUGCGCCUCGGUGACUCACUACCGCAUCCACCGGCUGGAGAACGGCUGGAUCUACAUCUCCCCCGGGCUCACCUUCCCCAGCCUGCACAGCUUGGUGGAUCACUACUCUGAGUUCAGCGAGGGGCUGUGCUGCCCCCUCAGCCAGCCCUGCUCCACGGACGGGAUGAGGGCGGCCCCGGCUCCAACACCGCCCCUUGUCAAGAACCCAUCGCUGCACUGGGACGAGAUCGACAGCUCCCUCCUGCUCUCGGAGACCGCAUCCCCCCAGGAGGACUCUCCCUUCAGCCUGGGCCUGCGGGAAGCCAUCAGCUCCUACCUGCUCCUCUCGGAGACCGACAACCCUGAGCCAGACCUCGCAGGGAAAGGGGCAAAGCAGAGCUGAGGACAGGCCCCAGCUGGCCACAGCUUAUGCUGGACACCCAUGCCGCAGCUCAGCCUUCACUUGCUUUCAGCCCCAGUCAGCAGCCCCUCGGUGCUGGGGAGCUGGGGGGCCCCAGACAGCCACGACCAAGGUGGGGCCAGGCACCAGCACUGGAGGAAGGGGCUGCCCGAGGGCCCACCCUGCCCCAGGCCGGGCACUUUGGAAGGGGAUGUUUGAGCACCCAGAGCCCAUGGGAGGAGGAGGAGGAGGAGGCAGGGGCUGCACAGAGAAGGAGCCCUGCCUGCCCCACAGGCUGCCACAGGAUGCUCCUGGGAUCUGCAGAGAGGGGAUGUAAAUGCCCAAGCUGAAUCCUGGCCCGGGUGGAGGAGCAGCCCAACCCCAUCAGACCCCUCAAGUUCAUGCUCAAAUGUUUUUGGGUGUGGGUGCCUGUGUAGGAAGGGCCUGUGAGCAGCAGCAGCAGCCACAGACCCUCAUGCUCUCACCCCACAUAACUCGGUGAUCUGCUUGCUGGGACCAGCAGCCUCUGACUCUGCUCAAAGCAGCUGAUUUUUAAACCUUUUAACAGAUGGAUUUUAAGUUCCAUAAAACAGGAUCCUGCUGGACAUGCAGCAAUAACCAUCUGUAAUGUCUCAAU